AUGGAGCUUUCAGCAGAGCAGCAGCGGUUCGUGAUGGACAUGAUCGACCGCCAGGUGGAGGAGAGAGCCGCCGCGGACAGGCAGGCGGCGACGGCCAUGAUCGAACAGGAACGUGCCAGGUUCAACGAGCAGCUGCAGGCAUCGACCCAGCAGAACAACCAGAUGGCCGAGCAGCUCCGUGCCCUGGAGCAGGCGCGGCAGCAACAGCAAGCGGCGUUCCAGGCAUUGCAGGCGCAGCAGGAGCCACAGCAGCAAGGACCGGGACGCCAGGCCGACUUCCCCAACUCUGCAGACGACAAGCUUGUGGACAUCAAGUUCGGUAAGCUUGGCCAGUUCACGAACAAGGAUGAGGAUUUCGAGGAGUGGAGUUUCAAGCUGAAGUCGGGCAUCAGCUCGCUCAGCGAGGAGGCGUGCCAUCUUAUGGAUUCCAUCGAGGACGACCCAGAGACCGACGUGACCAACGAUCCAGACAUUGCCCGGUACGGCUUGGAGACGUUGUCAGAGAAACUCUACUUCGCGUUGGUGAUGCUCUCGAAGGCGACUGCAGCUAAGAUCGUCAAGAAGGUCUCGUCCAAGAACGGUUUCGAGGCCUACCGGCAACUCGUGAAACGGCACGGCCCCUGUGGUGGAGGCAAGACCGUGGCGCUGAUGGGCCAGAUCCGGGACUACACGUUCGGUGAGCCUAAGGACUUCCUCGACAACUUGGUUUCGUGGGAGGCACUGAUAGACCAGAGGGGGACGGAAGCAGAGGAAAAGCUUGCGGACAGCGUAAAGUGCUCUACGCUCAUCCUGAAGUCCCCGAAGAUCUUGAAGGACCAUCUUUUGCUUACCACCAAGAAGGAAAAGGAUUACGGCAAGCUCCGAGCGAAGGUCGAGGACUACAUGCACAACGUGGUCAACGCCAAACCCAAGAAGAAGGGCGAGGACCAAGAUGCCAUGGACGUCGGCUACACGGCAAAGACCCCAAAGGCGGUAAGUACCAAGGUGGCAAAGGCAAAGGAAAAAGACGGUAAGUCGAAAUCGUCCGACGGCAAAGGCAAGGACGGCAAGUCGAAGUCGUCGGGCAGUAAGGGUAAGGAUGGCAAGUCGAAGGCUUCUGGAGGUAAAGGCAAGGGGACAUCGUGGUACGACUCGUCCUGGCAGAGGGGCAGUACGUGGUCAUGGAAGGAUCGGAGCGGCUGGAACGAUCGCUCCGUCAACAACACUUGGACUUCCUCGAGCGGCUCCUGGCAGGAGUCGCAGCCGGCCGAUGCGGGCAACAGGAAGACGACCAACAAGGACGGCACUGUUACCCACAUCUACGAGGACGAGGACGAGUGGAUCAUGGGCGUCGAAGAGAUCUCGGGCGAGGAGUUCGUGCUUUCCACUGCGGCCACGAAGAGCGAGGUCCGCAAGUACGACUACGGCAACAUCGGGGAUGCAGUUGAUGUGCUUUCCGAUUCAGGCAGCAGCGUGACUUGCUGCAACCCGCGAGACUUCCCCAAGUCUCCGAUCAUCCAAGGCGACGAGGAAAUCUACAGAACUUCAAAGGGCACCGUCCUCAAGUUCUACGGCUACAAGGAUGUGGUGCUGCGUAAGGACAGCACCAAAAUCAAGGUUAAGUUCACAGUUCUCGACGUCGUGAGGCCGAUCCUCAGCGUCUCCGACUCGGCUAAGAAGCACGACAUCUCCACGCAUUACGAGCAGGGCAACAACUACAUGGAGCGAAGGACAUCUACUGGUGUUCGAAGGCUUGGGCUGAUGGCGCGAGCAGGCCUCUUCUUCCUGCAGGCCAUGGUCACAGCUGGCAGCAGCGUGCGUUUUGGGAAGUCCCAAGUGCACCACGUCUACAACAACGAGGGCGCCACGGAGCUCGACUUGGGCCCCGAGUCAGCCGUGGUGCCGCACCCCGCGGAAGCGGCGCCGGUGGUUCCAGCUCCGGCAGAACCGACCCAGCAGGAGCGGGAUCAUCACAUAGCCCUGAACCACGCGCAGUUCAAGUCCUGGUGCAAGUUCUGCGUUUCUGGGCGCGGGCGAGAGAACGCCCAUCACAAGGCAGAUGAGAUCGACCAUAACAUUGCGAGAGUUCAGGUCGACUACUUCUUCAUGCGUCGGGUGAAGGCGGGGCAGAUGCUGACGUGUCUGUCCGCAGUGGACUCAGUGCAUCGGCGGAGGCGAGCCGCUGUCUUGGAUGCGAAGGGCAGCACCGACAAGUACGCGGUGCGCAUUCUGAAGUAUUUCGGGGACCAGCUCGGUUACGAGAAGAUCAUUUGGAGGACCGAUCCAGAAAGUGCGGCCGCCGACCUGAUCAGGGCGGCCUGCCACGGUCGCGACGGGUGGACGUACGAGUCUAGCCCCAAGGAGAGCAAGGGCAGCCUCGGCCUUGUCGAGCGCACCCACCAGGACGUCGAAGGUCUGACGAGAACCAUACUUCUGGACGUCGAGAGCAGGUACGGAGUUGAGCUACCGGCCGAGUUCCCUCUCAUCGAGUGGAUUGUUCGGCAUAUUGCAUGGCUCAUGGACAGGUUCUGGAUCGCCCCUGGUGCUGGAGUCACGCCGUUCGAGCUCCAGUAUGAAAGACAAUAUCACAGUCCAAUGGUUCCAUUCGCAGAGACAGUCAUGUGGAAGGAGCCUGGGCCUCACACAUUCAAGUUGCGCGAGAAGUUCGGCCAGGGCAUUUGGGUUGGCAGGAGCGAGGCCACCAACUGCCAUCUGAUUCUCACGAGGCAGGGAGCCUUCGAGGCUCGUACCAUCCGACGAUUCGACCGCCCGACGAAGGAGCCAGGCCACUACCCGUUGCAGAGGUUCUGGGCCAGCCAGCAGCUCCACCAGCACCCGCAGCACCGGGUCCAGCUCAGCCAGGUCAACGUGGGCAAGCAGUACGUCCAGUUCAGCCAGCAGUCGUUAUCCCACCAAGAGUUCACCCCUGGCUGCUCGGGAUGUCUCGGCACAUCUUACAAGCAUAGCAAGUUCUGCAAGGAGAGGAACAAGGAGUUCUUCGAGCACAUGGAGAUCGAUAAGCUGGCAACGAAGGUCCAGCGCGACGAUGAGAGAGAGUUGCUCCGGAGCAUCGAACGAGCAGAGAAGGCAUCGAAGGUUCAGCAAGGAGCCAGUGCAGCAGCGCCAAGCUCUGGUUCGCUGCCAAGUUCAUCAACAGACCCGCCGCAGCCGCCAUCGGGCGACGCGGGCGCCAUGAACGCAAGUCACAUCUACAACUUGGAGGUGAAUUGGAUUUUUGACACAAUCCGUCACCCCGACAACUUCACGAAGGAAUUUAUCCAAGAGGUUUUUACCAAGUACCACGCCGCGUGCCACGUCAACGAGGAGGAGCAUUUCAUGAAGGACCUGCUGGACGACCCGAACGAGGUCGAUUUCGGCGACCACUUGGACUAUGACGAGGACGACGGCGAGGCUUUGGAUCCAGGCCAGGUCAAAGAGGGCAUCCAGAGGGAGCUCGACAUGAUGCGCGACCUGGACGUCGGCGAACCCGUCAGGCGCGACGAGAUAGCCACAGGUACGAAGAUAUGGACUACGCGCUGGUGCCUCCGCAAGAAGGCUGGUGGAGUUCGAGCACGACUAGUCGUUCGCCAGUACAAGUGGAUCGCAGGCAAGUCCGACGACAACUUCGCCCCUACGCCCGGCAUCGAGGGCAUCCGACUUCUCAUAGCCGUCGGGUUAGUCGAGGGCGCUGAUUUCAUCACUGGUGAUUUCUCUGUCGCUUUCAUGCACACCGAGUUGGACGAGGAAAUCUACGUCUGGCCACCGCCGGAGAUGGGUUUGCCAUCCGGGACUGUCUUGCGCUUGAAGGAGGCGCUCAACGGACUUCAAAAUGCCAGCAAAUUGUUCAGCGAGAAGGUGCAGCGCAUAUUGAAGGAGGAGCUGGGAUUUCGAGCAACACGGGCAAACCCAGUCAUCCUGUACAACGAGCGAAGCAGCGUCAAGGUGGCAAUCCACGUGGACGACCCCCUGGGCAUCGGCCAGGAGAAGCAGUUAGGGAAGCGCUUGAAGUUCAGAGUCGGCGUCAAGUUUGGACCAGAGGUUCCAUGUGUUUUCUUGGGAUGCUCGUAUCUACGCUUUGGAGAUACCGUCGUCGAGAUGCCGAAGAAGAACUACUUCGAGAACACCCUGAAGGCAAUGGGCAUAGAGAAGUGCGUCAAGGUCACCACACCAGGGUCCAAGGAGUGGUUCAGCACGAAGGCCUUGGACAGCCAGGACGCCACGCCCUUGGAUAGAGAGGAGCAUCACAAGUUCCGACAGGGCGUGGGGAAAUUACAGUAUGGAGUUGACAAGAGGUUCGACUACAGCUAUGAGUUGAAGCUUUGCGAACGCCGUCUCCACGCACCUCGAGCAGUGGACAUGUCACGGCUCAAGCGCAUACUGAGGUACGUCAAGGGUACUCUGGAUUACGUCAUCACGUUAAGCAUCAAGGACACGAGCGACCUCAAGCGACUCGUCGGCACCAGUGACUCAGACUGGGCUGGCGACCCUGAGUCGCGGAAGAGCUCCAGCGACCUCGGGUACCCCGUCGACAACGUCAUCGAGACCGACAGCAGCUCUGGAAAGUCCAUCACGCUACGCCGUGGACGUGGAAGAGUUCGCCACUUGGACGUUCGUGCUCUGUGGCUUCAACAACUGGUAGCCGCACGUGCAGUCCAAAUCCUAAAGAUCCCAGGUGCCGAGAAUCGGGCAGACGUUGGCACAAAGCUGCUGGACGCGAGGACCCUAAGGCGCCACCUUCAAAGUCUGGGCAUGCGCCGGUUCGUCAAUGGCGAGCUCCUGGACAUAGAGGACGGCGACACCGAGGGCGAGAACGAGGUUGACUUGGUGGGAAAGGACGUUAACCACAUUUCAUUGAGCAAAGCAAUGACGUGUUCAAUAUCUGGAAGCAAGCGUUUCAUCCCGUGUAUGCUGCUUGUUUCAAACAUGGCAGGCGCUAAGGGCGCCGACCCAACAUCAAUGAGCCCAAUCAUUACGACCAACUUCGACAGCUUCUACGCAUUUGUCAUGUUCACGUUCCUGGCAGGCGUGCGCGCGGGGCUGUUGACGUCGAAGAGCGUGGCGUGCAUUCGUGGAUGCAAGAGGCCGGUGCAGGUGGGCCAUGUGAGCUCAACCCAAGGUCCGUCACCACACUCCGCUACAGAUGCUACGCCGGACAAGCAGGGUUACAUCGACCCUCCAGCCUCGGUCUACCGGGGGCCGAAGAGGGCAGCUACGAAGAUCGUUACGGAGGACCUCAAGCAGUGGGUCUACAUCACGUCGGAAUACAGCCAAGUGUACCACACGAGGGGCACAUGCCGCUCUAUCAAAAAUCUCAACACUCUGAGGCAUCUUCGAAUUUGCGAGUUCUGUCACCACGACGACUGA